CUUACGUCUGCAUCGCGCCUCCGUGCAACCCGUGUUGUCGUUUAUUCUUCGCAUUCCCUCCGCAUGCCUUUAAUUUAAAAGCCAUCGGUGUUGGCAGGUGUAAGUGAAAUUGCUGUUUGUGUUGGCUAAAGGAAUAACUCCAGGCGGGAUAUGUGAGUGUAUCCAGCGGCGGAGAAUCGGCGGCUCGCCACUUCAGAGCAAGCUGCUAGCUAAGUUUAGCUUUGAAAGCGGAGCUGGUAACGCAGCUCUUUAACCCAACCAAGUAAGGUUAGCUAACGGUUAGUCCUGCCGUUUCGGUCGAUGCGUGGAGAAAUAGCAGACCCUAUAAACAAAGAUAAAGUAUAACGCUAUAAGAUAAAGUUGUGAAAAAGUCAGAUGACUGUCUGGGUGGUAGGUGGAGUUGUUGACCUUCCUUGACAGCUGGGUGUGUGACUCAUGCUAGCAGCAGCAGCAGCAGCUCCGAACCAGCGACUCUUGUGAAUGAAUCCUGUCACACCUGGCCGGCCGACUGGCACAACCCGAAAUGACAGCCACAUAACCAUGGCACCGUGAAUGACCCUCUGGACCAUUAUUCAAGAAUUAUAAUUCGCCAGUUUAUUCAUUAGUAGUUUGGGCUCUUGUACAAGAAUGAGUGGUCGCCCAGUGGUGAACUUCUUGUGCCGCGGGAGUCGAGCUGUCACCCUGCUGUAUGGGGGCUGUGUGCGUCUCCUGCACACACCUGUACGGAUCACUGCCACACAGCCACAUGCUGGAUUCAAACCGGCCAAGGUAGCAGUGGUAACAAAGACUACAAGAUAUGAGUUUGAACAGCAGCGCUACCGAUACGCAGGGCUCUCAGAGGAGGAUUUAAAACAGCUGCUAGCGAUGAAGGGCUCCAGCUACAGUGGCCUUCUGGAGAGACACAACAUUCACACCCGCAAUGUGGAGCACAUUGUCAAGAGCCUACAGAAAGAAGGCAUUGAGGUGCGAGUUGUGAAGAGAGGAGAAUAUGAUGAAGAAGUAGUGCGAUGGGCGGAUACCAUCAUCUCUGCUGGAGGUGAUGGGACAAUGCUGCUUGUUGCCAGUAAGGUUUUCAGCAAAGACAAACCAGUUGUUGGAGUUAACACAGACCCUGAGAGGUCAGAAGGUCACCUGUGCCUACCUGUACGUUACACUCAUGCUUUCCCAGAGGCACUGGAGAAAUUCUGUCGUGGUGAGUUCAGGUGGCUGUGGCGCCAGAGGAUCCGCCUGCAUUUGGAGGGAACAGGGAUUAAUCCCACACCAGUCGACCUGCAUGAACAGCAGCUGAGUCUGGAGCAGCACAACCAAGCUCACCGCAUCACCACUCUGGAGAGCCAGCGGAGGACAGGAACACUAAACGGCAGCUUCUCCAAGCCUCAUCUCCUCCCUGUCAGAAGCCUGAAUGAAAUCUUCAUCGGGGAGUCUCUGUCCUCCAGGGUGAAGUGUAAAUCCUACAAACCCCAUCUCACCCUCUCGCUCCAUAGGGCCUCGUACUAUGAGAUCUCAGUGGAUGAUGGCCCAUGGGAGAAGCAGAAGAGCUCAGGCCUCAGCAUCUGCACAGGAACAGGAUCUAAAGCCUGGUCGUAUAAUAUCAACAAACUCGCUGAACAAGCGGUGGAGGAGGUUCUAAAAAUUGGAAAGUUGCAAACUGGUCUCGAUAUCCCACUCAAUCGUGAAUUUAUAGAGAAGGUUACUGAUGAGUACAACGAGUCUCUGGUAUUCAGCCCGGAGGACAGACAGUUAUUCUUCAGCAUCAGGGAGCCCAUCGUCAACAGAGUCUUCUCCAGCAGUCGCCAAAGAGGCUUUGCCAAUAAGGUGUGUGUACGCUCUCGAUGUUGGGACGCCUGCAUGGUGGUCGACGGCGGGACUUCAUUCGAGUUCAAUGACGGUGCCAUCGCUACAAUCAGUAUGAGUGAGGAGGAUCAGCUCCGCACAGUUGUUCUUGAAAACUGAGGUCAGCUGCAAUGAGUACAGACAACGCCAAACAUCCGUAGUGUUUUAAAGGAAUUUGGGAAAAGGGAAGUAUUUUUGUUUGGGAUUUAUGGCUGUUGAUAUGACUGCAUAUUUUCUUUAUGCAUUUUAUAUACCCAAUAGAAAGUUAUCAGUGUCAACACUUGCAUUACUUUGACUUUGUGAAUGACUAUUUUCCAAAUCAGAAUGUAGUAGGGCUACUACUACAGUUUUUUUUUCUUUGUUUUUUUUUUUUUUUUUUUUUUUUUGGACUUAUUUAAAUCCCGCAAUCUGGAGUUUGUUUCCAGUUGAAAUGUAACAGCUAUGGUAGGAUCCAUAUAUUUGCUCUCACGACUGUCAAGCUGUAUUAUUUUGCAAGGGUUUGAUGGAAUUUGUCUUCUGUCAGACAGUAUUUAAUAUGUGACAGAUUUGUGUGACCACAAUCAACUCUCAUCCGCUACACCAAAUCCACCCUCUCCCCAUGCUGAGAUGUCUCACCAACUGGAGGAACGGAAAUCAGGCAGAAUAACAGGACUCAUGAAGGCAUAUUAAUAUGUAAAUGGCUAUAAAUAUGCUUCCAUUUUACUUCAAAUCACUAUCUUGCCCUCAAGACACAAAAGUGACUUCUGUUGACCUGCUGCAAGUGAAAAUGAAAGUAACCGUUGAUGAGGCGGGUUUCUUAGGAGCUAGUGUUGUAAUAGGAAAUGAUGGAGGUUUAUGUGGUUUUUACAAAUGUCCAGUAGCUGCUGGUAAAUGUUUUAUAAUGUCACAGUGCCAAUUGGUGGAUGCAAUGUAAAUGGAGAACUGAAAGCACAAUGGCUGUUAAUUGUAACAGUGUGUUGACUACCAAUAUUUUUUGAACAUAGUUGAUCAUAUUUUUUCUAGCCAUUUGAGCCGUAGUGUGAUAAAAGAUGAGGUGAAGAGGAAGAAUGAAGUGCACUAAAAAUGUGAUAACUCCAUACCAAAAGAAUGUUUUGCUAAAUGUUUUAGGUCGUUUAAGGCUGUCUUGUAACCUUCUGACAAGAUGGGACAGACGGCUUUAAAAGUGCAACUGAAAGCCAAUCAGCACGUGCCUGGGCCUGCCGAAUUUUUCCUGAAGAAAACCGGCAUUUUGCUUGGAUCUUGCCGGAAAACCACAAAAACUGUGACUGAUGGGGCACCAGUUGCUGAAUCUGUUAUGUACUCAGUCCCAACCCAAUUACUUAUUUAUCAGUGAAGCUGCCCUGCACUAAGCCAAAUGCUUGAAUGGUGCUGUUUGUUGGUGCCGAAAUGAUUUUGAUGGUGAUUGUGCUCAAAUUUGAUGAAAGGAUGCAGUUUGAUCCAGUUAUCUUUAACCUACAUAUAGUUUAGACAAAGUAAUUUCCCCCAAUAUGUUUUUAUAGAUUUUAAGUAACUGGCCAAAAUAAUGACACUCACUGUAUAUGGUUAUCAUCGGUAAAACGUGUUGGUGCCCCUUUGCUACCCCUCCUACAGUAGACUGCAAACCAGGUGCUCAUUUAUCAAGGACUUUCUUUAUAGUGGACAAAAAAAAUGUGUGCCAAAACACUCUUUAAACACCGGUCACAUGUGUUGCUGUAUUUUUUGUUUUUGGAUAUAAUAAAGGGGCAUCACAGAGAAAUGCCUUUUUUAAAAUCAUUAACUUAAAGCUUAUUAUCACAUCUGUGAUAUGUAAUAUAACACAACAAUGGAUGUUUUCAGAAAGCAGAUUACGUUCAGCAAUAAACACAAACAACACAUUCAUUCUGUAAAUGAACACAUUUCCAAGAAAUCCACGCAGGAAUGUGAGCUAAAAAUCUGUUCAAACUCUUGAGUCGGCUUGAGUUGUCCAGUGGCAACCAGUUUUCUUUUCAUGGUGAUUUUAAAACGCAGAUUUCAAUUAAACUGCUCCAAUUAAA